CUUAUACGCAAUAAAUAAUAGUACAAAUUUUAUGUGAUAUUUUGUUAGACCCCCCCCAUAGACCCACCCCCGUAACGCCAGCGCUCUCGCGACCUCAGCCAUGGAUGAGUUUGACUUUAACACUCCGCCGCCGGAGGAGCGGGUCAGCCACAGCCACACGCUGACCGAUGAGCAGGCCAAGGAUUGCAGAGAGGUCUUCAAUAUGUUCGAUCCCGAGGAGACGGGAGUGCUGCCAUUGAAGCAAAUAAAAUACCUGAUGCGCGCCUUGGCCGUCUUUCCCACGGAUCUGGAGCUGAUGGAUAUCUACACAGAAAUCGAUACGGAUGGAUCCGGCGAGAUGUUGAGGGAUGACUUUCUAUACAUCAUGUCAAAGAUAUACCAGGAGAGGACAGCCGAAGACGAGAUUAUCGCUGCCUUCAAGGUGUUCGAUAAGGAGGGUACUGGCGUCAUAGCCGAGGCGGAGUUUCGUCACAUAAUGACAAAUUUGGGUGAAAAAAUGUCCGAGGACGAGAUCGAGGAGAUCAUACGUGAUGCAGACUCCGAUACGGAGGGGAACAUUGACUACGUACGCUUUGUGACAAUGAUGUCGGAGAGAUAAGACACUACGAACUAGGCAGGCGUUUCCAGAACAUCGAAACGGAAAGGAACGGGGCUUGGGGUCACAAAAUUCACAGAAUUCAACAGUAUCAAAAUUUGUUUCGGUUAAACAACAAGCAGCUAAAUUCCAAAUAAAAUAAACACACACAAAAUUCGUAGAAAAUAGGCAACAAAAAUCA